CAAAGUAGUUUUUCCGUAGCUGCCUUCCUAAUGUCAGAGGCAUUUAUAACCCUUUUGGUUCAAAGUACACAUUUAGACCGGGGCAUUCUUUAAAACUUUGGGUUGAUUUUGCAUAGAAUGCAAAGGCCCGGCUAAAUUCAAAAUUUGUAGUGUUUGCCAGCUUUAGAGAAACUUAACCAACGACCAUCAAGGAUGCUGCUGAAGUUGUGUUCCGGCUUGGCCCAAUCUGCGAUCCGUCCCAGCGAGGCGCGCCAGCUGCUGGGCCAAAGUCUAUGCCACCUGGCCCAUCUCAGCAAGAGCAAUGUGCGCGGUAACCACUGUUGUGGUCCUCUGAAGGCGGUACCUUCGCGGCAGGAUCAGCUGAAUGCCCUGAAGGGAGAGGAGUUUGACGUACUGGUGAUCGGGGGAGGAGCCGCCGGUUGUGGUUGCGCGGUGGAUGCCGCCUGCCGCGGUCUCAAGACCGCUCUUGUCGAAGCCGACGACUUUGGCAGUGGCGCCAGUUCCCGCUCCAGCAAGCUGGUUGAUGGCAGCGGCUCCUACCUGGGCACUGCCCUGAGGGACAAGGACUUCGAGCAGCUGUACAUCAUGCUGCAAAUGAUGAGUGAGCGAGCCACCAUGCUCAAGAUCGCUCCGCACCUGAAUCGCGUGCAACCGAUGGUCAUCCCCAUGUACAGUGUGCUAGGUAUGCCCUUUACCUGGCUGGCUCUCAAGGUGUACGACUUUAUAUCGGCUGCAUCGAAUGUGCGCGGCUCACACUGCAUCUCCAAGGAGUCUGUGCUCUAUGAGUUUCCGCUACUGAAGACGGAGGGUCUCCGAGGCGGGGUUGUCUACUACGAUGUCCAGCUGGAUGAUGCCCGGAUGUGCUUGGCCUUGGCUAUGACUGCCGUCGCCCUGGGCGCCAGUGUGGGCAACCAUCUGAAGGCGGUGGAGAUGCUGCCUCAGGAGGGCUGCUGUCGUGUGGUGGGCGUCAAUGAUUCGCUCACCGGGGAGACGUUCUACAUUCAGGCCAAGGCAGUGAUCAAUGCCACGGGUGCUGGCACGGAUGCCAUCCGUCAACUGGACGAGGAGGGCACUCCUCCGAUCCUCGUGCCCACGGUGGACACCUAUAUCUCCGUGCCGCGGUACUUUGGGUCCGGACGCUACGGCCUGCUAAGCCCAUCGCCGAAAAAGGAUGAGCCCACGGUGGUAAUGGUGCCGUUCGAGAAUCACAUGGUGGUGGGAGUCCACGAAGUGGAAGGUGUGUGCGUCUCCCAGAGCCCCUCACCCGAUCCGGAAAACGUGAGUUCCCUGUUGGACGCAGCCAAGGAGAAGUUCGAGCCCUGCGUGGAGCUGGGACCAUGCCACGUGCUUAGUGCCUGGACAGGCCUGCGGCCCAAGGUCGGCUGUCCCAGCGAUAAGAAGGAGGAUAGUGAAGAUGAUAAGAUUCCCCCACCGGUCAGCACCUACAUGAUCGAGGUGAGCCCGAACGGCAUGAUCACGCUGGGCGGCGGGCGCUUUAGCAGCUACCGCGUGAUGGCCGCCGAGGCCAUCGACCUGGCCAUCAAGUCGUGCGGACUGUGCGACGACCAUGUCACCUCCAGCUGGACCGAGGAUCUGCCGUUGGACGGCGCCCAGAACUGGUGCUGCAUGCUGCCACUGGAGUUCCUGCAGGACUACGACGUGCCCAUGGAUGUGGCGCAGCACAUAUCCGACUCCUAUGGCUACAACGGGCACGCCCUGCUCACCCAGGGCCAGGAUAUGCUGAAGCGUCUUCAUCCCAACUUUCCGUACAUCGAGGCGGAGGUCAAGUACGCGGUGCGCAACGAGUACGCCUCCACCCUGCUGGAUGUCGUCGCUCGGCGCCUGCGCGUCGCCUUCGUGGACGCGGCUGCCACGCUGCAUAUGCUGCCCAAGGUCCUCAAGAUCAUGGCCGAUGAGGCCAAGUGGGAUGAGGGGGAGCAGAAGAAGCAGAUGUUGGCCGUUCAGGACUUCCUGGUGCGUCAGAUGGGUCUCGGCAGCAUCGUCCGCCCCAAGGCCAUAGGCAAGAGCCAACCGAAAAAGAAGUCUUCCUCGGAGAGCUGCUGCCGUGCGGCCGCUCGCAAGGAGGCCAGAAGUUACUCCAAGACCUUCGCCCCGAUUCCUGUGACCCCCGACGAGACAGGUUCAAUUGCGAGUGCAAAGAUGACCGGCAUUCCCGAGGUCCUUACAACCGGGAUCACUCACCAGACGGUGGUUGACACUCCCCCGCCUGUCUCCGGCGACCGGUCGAGGUGCAUUCCCAGUAAGUGGUCUGACGAGAAGCGCAAUCUAAUCCAGACUCUGUGGCGCAACAAGUUCAUGUGCUAAACACACUUCUAAAUAUUUGCAAACAGUUCCACUCAGCCUAAGUUACAUUCCAAAAAUUAAGUUUCAAGACACUUGCUCGUUGGUAUUCCUAUCAAAACUCGUAAACACAAACUCAUUGUUGGUAGAACCCAUUCCUCUAAAAGUGCUAAAUCCGGAACACCUGAAGAAAUUGUUAGAACAGGGUUUAAUGAAUCUCUAAUGGAACAAGCUACCUACUGUGUAAUAUGUGCAACCAUAAACGUACUAAAAAACAAUAGACCAAUAAAUAUUACAAAAAAAUAGAGAAACCUAAA